AUGGCGCGAACCAAGAUGACCGCUCAGAAGUCCGGCGGGAACAAAGGCCGCGAGGACCUGGCGGCCAAGGCUUCACGCAAACAGGCGCCGCUGGUGGGGACGAUGAAGAAGACCCACCGCUUCCGCCCGGGCACUUUGGCGCUUCGGGAGAUCCGAAAGUAUCAGAAGUCGACCGAUCUGCUCAUCCGCAAGUUGCCUUUCCAACGUUUGGUGAAGGAGGUUGCACAGGACCUCAGUGGUGCGGGUCCUUGCCAGGGACGAUUGCCUGCGUUUUCACCAAACAUGGACGACGAGCAUUUUCAGGGACCUAGGGACGAAUGUUGGAACAUAUAUCAACACCCUGCUUCGUCUUUGAAAUGGGCCACGGCCAUGUUCGACUUUCGGGGUGGUUGGAGGGUGCAAUUGAUUGGGAUUUGA